GGAAUAAAUAGGAAUUUUAAAAUAAAAAUUGUUUUAAUUUUGUUUUAGCGACGUCAGAAUCUUUGAUUUUAAAUUUCUUAUCAAGGUUAUAUUAUCACGUGAUCCGAGAUGUAUCGUCAUUGUUUCAUCAUAAUAUGUUUGGCGGUCAUGUCACGUGCUCAGACAACUGACGUCAUGGUGACAAACGUUACGUCAUCAAAUUCAACAACAAUGGAAUCGUUUACAACGGAAGAAACUACAACGGCAACAACGAUGUUUGCGAUAAACACAACAGCAAUAUUUACCACACAAAGUUCCAGCAACGCAACUACAAUGGAUACAGCUACAACUGUAACAAAUGGGUCGUCGGUUAACAACGCAGCAGCUACAACUGCAGCUACAAACGGAGCUACAACUGCAGCUACAAACGGAGCUACAAAUACGGCUACAAACGGAGCUACAAACGUAGCAACAACUGCAGCUACAAACGGAGCUACAAAUACGGCUACAAACGGAGCUACGACUGCAGCUACAAACGGAGCUACAACUGCAGCUACAGACGGAGCUACAACUGCAGCUACAAACGGAGCUACAAACGUAGCAACAACUGCAGCUACAAACGGAGCUACAAAUACGGCUACAAACGGAGCUACGACUGCAGCUACAAACGGAGCUACAAACGGAGCUACAAAUACGGCUACAAACGGAGCUACGACUGCAGCUACAAACGUAGCAACAAACGUAGCUACAACUGCAGCUACAAACGGAGCUACAACUGUAGCUACAAACGGAGCUACAACUGCAGCUACAAACGGAGCUACAACUGCAGCUACAAACGGAGCUACAAACGUAGCAACAACUGCAGCUACAAACGGAGCUACAAACGUAGCAACAACUGCAGCUACAAACGGAGCUACGACUGCAGCUACAAACGGAGCUCCAACUGCAGCUACAAACGGAGCUACAACUGCAGCUACAAACGGAGCUACAACUGCAGCUACAAACGGAGCUACAACUGCAGCUACAAACGGAGCUACAACUGCAGCUACAAACGGAGCUACAACUGCAGCUACAAACGGAGCUACAACUGCAGCUACAAACGGAGCUACAACUGCAGCUACAAACGGAGCUACAACUGCAGCUACAAACGGAGCUACAACUGCAGCUACAAACGGAGCUACAACUGCAGCUACAAACGGAGCUACAAAUGCAGCUACAAACGGAGCUACAAACGGAGCUACAAACGGAGCAACAACUGUAGCUACAAACGGAGCUACAAACGGAGCUACAAAUACGGCUACAAACGGGGCAACAACUAAAUCUAGUACAGCUACAACAGAAUCGCAAACAACAACAACUACAACACCCAUAACUACCGCCCCAGCAACAGUGGACGAAACACAAUCGACAUCAACAGGCACAAUUACAACAUGCAAACUUCAAACGAUUCUCAUUCUCGUAUUUAUGUCUCUUUGUUUUGCAUAAUGACGUCACAUGGUCGCUUAUUACGUAUGGUGACUGUAAUAAAGCGCACUGUGAGCGCAUAUGAGCAGUUCCCAUAACUUGUACCAAUACAUAUACCACUGUUCCGUAGCUAAAAUUGCUUGAAUAUUUUGUACACCAAGUUUUCUACACAAUUUCGUAGUCGUCGUUGUUUUAGCACAGCUUAUAGUGGCGCAAUUUAUUUGAAAUUUCGUUCUUGCGUAGUAAUAUGUUUGUUUAUUGUAAAUUUUUGACCAAAUGCAUUUUUUAUCUUGAAAAUGAACCACCAAGCUUGGUGGGGAAGAAUACAACGGUAGUUCAUUAAAUCUAUAGUGUUAACGUU